CAGGAGAAGCCCUGUCCUGCGUAGGCCAGCCCGACACCAGACAUGGAGUUUGGGGUGAGGUGCAGGGAAGACCACUUCCUGUUUGAGGCCGGCACGGCUAUGUGCAACCACGGGUCGUACGGGGCCAUUCCCCGCAAAGUGAGGGAGAAACAGCAAAGCCUCCAUCUGGAGAUAGAGCGCACCCCGGACCGCUGGUUCCGGGAAACAACCCCCCGACUCUUCCAGGAAUCUGUGUCUGCUCUGGCCGAGUUUGUAGGGGCCAAGAAGGAGAACCUCAUGUUCAUACAGAACCCCACUACUGCUGUGAACUCCGUCCUGAAGUCCUUCCCGUUCCAGCCCGGAGACGCUGUUCUGGUCUCAAACCUGACCUACGGAGCCGUCCGCUUCACUGCAGAGGUGAUCAAGACCUACGCUCCAGGUGCAGAGUGUGUGGCACUGGAGAUCUCUCCCCCCGUCACCAGUGCUGAGCAGAUAGUGCAGCUGUACAGGGACACCCUGGAGAAACAUCCCAACAUCAAACUAGCUGUUAUAGACACCAUCACAAGCCCCACAGCCGUGGCCAUGCCUGUAGCGGACCUCGUGUCGUUGUGCCACAUGAAAGGUGUGCAGGUGAUGUUGGACGGAGCGCACUCACCUGGCCAACAGGAGCUACAGCUGGAGGAACUUGGGGCAGAUUAUUAUACAGGAACUGUUCACAAGUGGCUGUUCGCGCCCCGUGGUUGUGCGUUCCUGUGGGUCCGUUCCGACCACCACGCUACGGUUCGCCCCCUCGUUACAUCCUGGUUCUUCCAGAAAGACCUGCAGCAUCAGUUCCACAUGCAGGGAACUCGAGACGACUCUGCUUACUUCUGUUCACCUGAAGCCAUCAACUUCCAUCAGCAGUUAGGGGGCCUUGUGAGUGGUCAACACGUCCUUCAUUCUCACAGCAUAAUGGAGUACAGCACUAAGCUACGGAAAGACGCCACCAAACUGCUCUUGGAGGGAUGGAAGACUGAGACUCUGGGGAUACCAGAGUCCCUGCAGGCUCCGUACAUGGAGUGUAUCAAGCUGCCGCUGCCCCAGACCCCCGGGGCUGAGUCUCGGUACCCCCCCACCCCCCGGGGGGCCAUGAGCCUGCAGUACGACAUGUACCAGCAGCACGGGGUGCAGUGUGCGGUGGUGUGCAUGUUGGAGGCGCUCUGGGUCCGCAUCUCAGCUUUCGUGUACAACUCCCGGGAGGACUACACCCGGCUGAGGGAUGCCGUCCUGGCGCUCAUGAGCAGGCAGGACUUCCCAGACUUCCCCGGCCCGUACUGGCCGUAUCUACUGGUGCAGGACACUCAGUAAACCUGCAGGUGAUGUGCACAGCUGACCUGGUGUGGUACUGCCGUGCGCUGGUGCUGGACAUGUGUGACGGGAUGGGGAUCACCAGUUUCACCGUCAGCCCGGAGAGUCCCCUAAUCUUCAACACUGUCAAGCUGACAUAUAACAACUUAAAGGCAGAC